GCUGUCAUUUUUUUUAAGAGAAUUUGAAAGCGGGCGAAAGGCGCAGGCUGGAAGGGUUGUUAUCGUCCGGGGGAUCGCUUAUUCUGGUGUAAAGGAUAAUAUAAAUCCACCUGUCCUAUCUCUGUAUCCUAAGAUAUUGACUUGUUAAACAUGGCGUCCUUUGUGACAGAGGUGCUCGCCAGUUCGGGGAAGCUGGAGAAAGAAGAUUUGUGCUGUAAAAUAAACAAACUAUCCCAGAAAGUGGAGGAGAUAAAGAGCGAAGUAUGCGACAUGAUCAGUAAGAAGUAUGACGAGUUCCUGCCCAGCAUGCAGAGUGCGGAAGAUCUCAUGAGGCAGGUGGAUGCUGUCUCCAGGGACAUGGACAACCUGAAGUCCUGCAUCGAAAAUGAGACCCAGAAGAGUCUCAGAGACGCCAUCGACGAUUUCACGGAUCAGAAGCUGCGGAUGGAGAAGAACGCAGCGGGCAUCCGCGUUCUCAGGCAGCUGCAGCAGUUUGAUACUGCAAUAGAGGAUUAUCACCGAGCACUGCUGGAGAAGAAGUACACUGAAGCAGCCAAGCAGCUUGAAAAGGCGCAGAGCAAUGUGCAGGUUUUGAAAGCAAAGAAGGGCUGUGAGCUGCAGAUCCUGAAGGCCUUGAGCACUGAGCUCACCAUCCAAAAGCAGAACCUCAUCUACCACCUUGGACAGGAGUGGCAGAAACUUGCAGUGUGGAAAUUGCCUUCUGCCAAAGAACUAACCAGUGUGGAGGCCUUCAUGGAGACAGAGCUGCGCUUGUGCUGUGUUGGACUGAAGGAAGACUGCAGCACAGAGUCCCAGCUGGCCAAUGUACUGCAGGCUCUUGCCAUACUGGGGGAGCUAAACAACAAAGUCAAAUUCUUCAGCCAGGUGCUCCUGAAGUACGUGCUGAAGCCUCUCAUCACGUAUCCCGCUCUGAAUGUUGGGAUGACGGGGCAGCCCGGGCAGGGCACUGACCUGACCUUUUACUGCAUGGAGACCACAGUGGAGCACCUGUCCCCCUCGGAGGCGUACAUCAAAGUGCAGGCGGUCCUGAAGGAGUUGUACACACACCUGCUCAAUGUCACUGUCGGCGAUAAGAAGCUUUCUGUUAUGCUUGGCGACUUAAUUUGGGAAGAGAUGUCUGACUGCAUUAUUCGAGAAUGUUUAUUAUACUCCAUACCAGCAAACAGCAGCCAGCUAGAACAGUAUGAAGAGGUCAUCAAACAGACUGAAGAGUUCGAAAAGGCACUGAAGGAGAUGCAUUUUCUCAAGGGUGAUUCCACAGACCUGUUAAAGUAUGCUAGGAAUGUCAAUGUCCACUUUGCCAGUAAAAAAUGCCAAGAUGUGAUCGUCACAGCCAGAAACCUGAUGACAUCAGAGAUACACAACACCGUGAAGAUCUUCCCAGAAACCAAAGUUUCCAUCCCCAAGCUGCCCAACCUCAGCUCAGGGGACAAGACGGGACAGGACAAGGCGGUGAAGAUGCUUCGAAAUGAGACCAUCAACCUGGAGAACGAGAAUCGGUUGAGCCACCGCACCCUGUCUCUGCCGGUGUGCCGCAUCAGCGAGUCGGUACAGAAGCUGAUAGAACUGGCUUAUCACACCCUCUCCGAAGCCUCCAACAGCACCAAGCAGUGCGCAAUCCAGCUUUUCUACACAGUCAGAAAUAUUUUCCAGUUGUUUUAUGAUGUCGUGCCAACCUACCACAAAGAAAAUCUUCAAAAACUCCCUCAGCUGGCUGCCAUUCACCACAAUAACUGCAUGUUCAUCGCUCACCAUCUCCUGACGCUGGGACACCAGUUCAGAUACCACCUACCUCAGCCUCUUUGUGAUGGGGCUGCCACCUUCAUCGACCUGGUGCCAGGCUUCAGGAGACUGGGCACAGAGUGUUUCCUGGCUCAGAUGCGCGCUCAGAAAGUGGAGAUGUUAGAGAGGUUGUCUACUGCGAGGAAUUUCUCCAACCUGGAUGAUGAGGAGAAUUACUCGGCUGCCAGCAAAGCUGUUAGACAGGUUAUCCAUCAGCUGAAGAGACUGGGUAAAGUCUGGCAAGAUGUCCUUCCUGUAAAUAUAUAUUGCAAAGCUAUGGGAACAUUGCUUAACACUGCCAUCUCGGAAAUCAUCACAAAAAUCACCAUGCUGGAGGACAUCUCGACGGAAGAUGGUGACCAUUUGUACACACUCUGCAGGACAGUCAUUGAAGAAGGACCCCUGGUGUUCACUCCACUGCCUGAAGAGAACAAGAACAAGAAAUACCAGGAGGAGGUGCCGGUUUAUGUUCACAAAUGGAUGACUUUCAAGGAGCUCAUGAUAGUCUUGCAGGCUAAUCUGCAAGAGAUUGUGGACAGAUGGGCUGAUGGGAAGGGGCCGUUGGCCAUGGAAUUCUCCCCCAACGAGGUGAAGAGCCUGAUCCGAGCACUUUUCCAGAACACAGACAGGCGAGCAGCAGCUCUUGCCAGGAUCAAGUAGACAGCCGACUGUCUGCAACACUGUGAUGAAUGUAAAUAGUUAUUGCCUCGAAAGAAAGGAAAACAUCCUCCAUUAUAUACUUUUGUUCUAGUGAUGGGCUUAUUUUUCUUAUGCAAAUGUACCAAACUCAAUAAAGGCUUUGGAUUUAGUCUUCUAAAAGUUA